AUGAGGUUGGCCUUUGAAGGAAGUAAACUUAGUAGCGCUGUGAUUGGAUGUAGACCUUGCCAGUGCAGAAAUAGUUGUAAACAUGAUGAACAAAAAGUAGCGCAUUGUAGCAAAAAGAAUGGCGGUGGAAUACUUUGUUGUCCCAGUCUAUUUGGACCAGGAGCACUAACACGUGUUUCUGGAUAUGAUACAAAGAUGGUCUUUCCAUUUACAGCACGAAAAAACUAUCGACGACUAAGUUUUGACGAAGUUUAUGGGAGUAACAAUGGAGACGGCUAUGGUGGUUAUGGUAACAGUGGUGGCAGUUCCAGCUACGGCUACGGAUCAGGAAAUGGUGGCGGUUCCGGUUACGGUUAUGGAUCAUAUGGAUCAGGGAAUGGCGGCGGUUCCGGAUACAGCGACAGUUCUACUUAUAGCUAUUUGAAUAACGGAAACAGUGGUGGAUAUGGCCAGGGAAAGAAUGGCGUUGGAAACGGUUAUGCUAGUGACGGAUACGGAUAUACAGGUGGAAAUGGUGGAUAUGGUGGUGAUAGUUAUGGCAACACAGACAGUUAUGACGGAGUAAGCGUUAGUUAUGGUGGUGGUAAUUCUGGCGGUAAAGGAAGUAAUGGCGGAGAUAGUUAUGGCCAUGGUGGUUAUAAUAACGGCGGUGUUAGCGUUAGUUAUGGUAGUGGUAAUUCUGGCGGUAAAGGGAAUAAUGGCGGAGAUAGUUAUGGCUAUGGUGGUUAUAAUAACGGCGGAGUUAGCAUGGGAUAUGGUGGUGGUAACAUUGGAGGUAAAGGAAGUAAUUCCGGCAGCAGGUUUGUUGUCAUUGGCGGUGGUAACAACAAUGGGGGUUAUGAUAACGGCGGAGUUGGAAUGGGCAUGGGGUAUACUGGUGGUAAUAUUGGAGGUAAAGGAAGUAAUGGCGGAUACAGUAAUGGCGGAGACAGUUAUGGUUAUGGUGGUUAUAGUAACGGCGGAGUUAGCAUGGGCUAUGGUGGUGGUGUUUCUGUCAGCAGAGGUUAUGGUGGAGAUAGCUAUGGGAACGAUGGCAAUAACUAUGGUGGCGAGAGCUAUGGUUAUGGUGGCGGUAAUAGUGGAAAUGCCGGAAACAGUGUUGUCUUCAUUGGCGGUGGUAACAACAAUGGUUACGGUGGUAACAGUGGAAUUAGUUACGAGGAUUCUAAAAGAAGAGCAGCCGGAGGAGGCAGAGGAAAAGGAGGAUUCAUUGGUGGCGGUAGUCAACAGAACUAUGGCUAUGGAUACCAAGAAUCUUCUGGUGGUAAAGGAAGUGCUAGUUACAGCAGUCCUGUUUACAUGAUAACAAAUUCUGGCGGAAAAGGAGGGUAUUGAAGAAAUAGUGGUAGACCGACAAAGGUAUUGUGUUACGAUUUAUAAUUGUUAUCUUUAUUAAGACGUUGGUUUGUAAUGGGACCAAAUGAACCGCAUGGACUCCAGCUAGCUGCGGUACUCAUUACAGAAACAGCUACACACUGUUAGAUCUUAAAUUAAAUAUAUUUAAUGUUC